AUGUUAGCAAUUGAAGAAGAUCGCACAAAGACAAAAGUCCCAGUCACUAGCGAUGGGCACGAGCCUUCCGGCAAAGAUCAAUCGAGCAUGAGAGACUAUGGUAGUCGGAGGUCGUUACGCCAGGAUGUAUAUAAAUGCCCGUACAUCACGCUCGACUUCUUUCAGAGAGGCCAAGGUCUGGGGGAGAGAAUAUCAUUCCGCUCCGUACCAACAUCCUUCACGAGUCUCUACGUAUUCAGCAUAAAUACCAUAUCCAUCCCUAAAUUCCUCAAGAACCUAUAUCCUCCAUCACUUCUAUCAUUGACCGUCUUCAUUCUCUUCUCACUCUUCUUCGGCCAACUUUCAAGAUGCUUAACAACAACUGCCAAAGCCAAGCACCCGACGGUAUCGCAUAAUCAUAGCAUUCCGAGACACAUACCGGACCUGCCCGGUCAGAAACAGAGUCGAGACAACAAGUUUACCAAGAACUUCUGCAAAGUCAGGGAUUUUAUCCACUUAAGGCAGGACUCCCAGCUAGACCCCUUGUCCGUGGCUGGCUACCUGUGGUAUCAAGCCCACCUACCGGGAUUGUAUUGGCCUGCUCCCGGAAAAAUGAAAUCAAUAUCAACAGUCCCUCCAGGCGCCAUCAAACAUAAACCCCUCAACUGCAGUCCAAAUCAGAGGCUUCUCACAAUCUCCACAACCUGCAUCCAGCUCGUCACCACACGUCCCGCCGGCACCUCUCCACACCCACGCCCAACCCCCGCCCCCUCCGGGCCCCACAGCCCCGGACCCCGCAGCCACCCGCCCCGAACCAAACUCGCACCCCGGUCCCUCCGCCCCGAGAAUCUCACCACCAAAAACCCCCCCGUCCGUAUCCCGUCGUUCACCCUCCGGACCGGAUCGAACGACGUUACCAAAGUAAACCCGGCCCACCUUCUAGCCCCAAGCCACGCCGGUGUCUCCGAUCACCCAACUCCCCCCAAAUCACCCCAUCAACGCCGUAUGUUUCAACCCCAGCGCCACAUCACCAAAACCCUCCACCUCUCACCUCCCACCUCGAAUCCGACCAACGUCCGCGUGCCGCCGUCUUUUCCCCAAAAGUCGAGACCGUUUCCCCAAGGUACGAUCUGGAACGGUCACCAUCUAUACGUCCCAUCAUCUCAAACCACCAACCCCCUUCCAUCCAUCCCCCACAACCACCACUCCAAGCCACACAGCCGGAACCCCUCCGUCCACGCCCACGUCGCACCGACAGACGGUCCUCGCCUGACAUGGAACCCUCACAACCCUUCUAGAACCCAACAUCUACCAGUCUAG